GUGAUGGCGUGGGUGUUGUAUAAACCCUUGGCAGUGUGGAGAAUGGAAGAAAAGAAAGGAAAGGACUGAAAUUACAGUGUGGAAGCAAAGCCCUUAACCCAGCAGGGGCAUCAAAGGGAGAGAGAGUUGCUUCUAACAACUCAGAAUCAUGUCUUGGUGCACCAUUGAGUCCGAUCCUGGCGUGUUUACAGAGCUUAUUCAGCAAAUGCAAGUGAAAGGUGUACAGGUUGAGGAACUAUAUUCUUUGGACAUCGACUCUCUCAACAGUCUAAGGCCUGUUUAUGGGUUGAUUUUUCUUUUCAAAUGGCGCCCAGGAGAAAAGGAUGACCGAGUUGUAAUCAAAGAUCCCAACCCUAACUUGUUUUUUGCUAGCCAGGUAAUAAAUAAUGCUUGUGCAACCCAAGCGAUCUUGUCCAUUCUUAUGAAUUCACCAGAUAUUGACAUUGGUCCGGAGCUGACAAAAUUGAAAGAAUUUACCAAGAACUUUCCUCCUGAACUAAAAGGUUUGGCUAUCAAUAACAGUGAAGCCAUACGAACAGCCCAUAAUAGCUUUGCUAGGCCAGAACCUUUUGUUCCUGACGAGCAAAAAGUUGCAACUAAAGAUGAUGAUGUUUACCAUUUCAUAAGCUAUCUACCUGUUGAUGGGGUGUUAUACGAGCUGGAUGGAUUGAAGGAGGGUCCUAUCAGCCUUGGUCAGUGCUCUGGUGGGCAAGGUGACUUGGAAUGGCUGAAGAUGGUGCAGCCUAUGAUACAGGAGCGCAUUGAAAGGUAUUCCCAAAGUGAGAUAAGAUUUAAUCUCCUGGCAGUCAUCAAAAACAGGAAAGAGAUGUACACUGCUGAGCUGAAGGAGCUUCAGAAAAGGAGGGAGCGCAUUUUGCAGCAGCUGGCAGCAUCAAAGUCGGAUAGACUGGUGGACAAUAGCAAUUUUGAGGCACUGAACAAUUCCCUCUCUGAAGUGAAUGCUGGGAUUGAAGCUGCUACUGAGAAGAUCUUGAUGGAGGAAGAAAAAUUCAAAAAAUGGAAAACAGAAAAUAUUCGUAGGAAACACAACUACAUACCCUUUUUGUUUAACUUUCUAAAGAUUCUUGCUGAGAAGAAGCAGCUGAAGCCCCUCAUUGAGAAGGCCAAACAGAAAACAAGCAGCCCGUGAAGAAUGUUUAAUACAAACCUUUUAUGUGGAUUUUCCCGAUAUGAGUAUGCCCAUAUGUAUCACGUUGCACUUAAUUUUUUUAACAUUUUCUUAAGUACUGAUGCACAAACUUCUUCUGAUCCAUGGAUAUAACUCUACCCUCUUUGGUAAAGAUUCAUUAGUUCUAUUUA